CAAUUAACAAUUCCCCUUUCAACUCCAAUGCACGUUAACACAACCAUUAUAUUCAAGAUCAAUCAAAAAGCAAAUAAAAGCAAAAAAGAUAGACGACAUAUCCCAAAAAGCAACAAGGAAAAGCAAUCGCAUACAUAUGUAUAUGUAUAUACACCAAAGAUCCCAUUUUUAGUUUAUACUAUACAUACUCUCAAACCCAUGCAGCAAGAAGAUCAGAGUUUCUUGGUUUUGUGUGUGUAGCAUAUAUAUAUAUAUAAUAUAUGUCUUGGUCGUCGGAGAUCGUUGUUGCAGAGCCCAUCGGCGAAGGCACUUCCUACGGCGAUGAGGGGGCUAGUACGAGCUACAGUAGAAGCGGCGGCGGCGAGAGGCCGGCGUUCACAAGGUCAAUCACUUACUGGCCGCGUGAGCAGGCCCCCGAGCCCUUUGACAGUGAAAAGCUGCCCGUCACUUUGGCCUCCGAUAUUCAGAGAUUUCUUCGUGUUGCCAAUCAGAUUCAACUGGAGGAGCCUCGUGUAGCCUAUCUUUGUCGGUUCCAUGCUUUUGAAGUAGCCCACAACUUGGACCGGAAUUCAAAUGGACGAGGCGUACGACAAUUCAAGACUGCUCUUCUUCAACGCCUUGAACAUGAUGAAGAAACCACUAUUAGGAAAAGGAAGGAAAGGAGUGAUCUGCGUGAACUUAGACGUGUUUAUCAUAAGUUCAAAAACUACAUCAUCAAGCAUGUUGGAGAUUCCAAUCUUAAGAAUAGAGAGAAGUUGACCAAAGCUCGAGCCAUUGGUUCAGUUUUGUUUGAAGUAUUGAGCAUAGUUUCCAGUGCAGCAGGUUUUAAGGCCCUUGCUGACAAUGAGAGCAUUGACACUAAAUCUGAAUUAUUUGUGCCAUAUAACAUCCUCCCUCUUGAUCAGGGAGGGGUUCAUCAUCCAAUUAUGCAACUUCCAGAGAUAAAAGCUGCUGUUGCUGCUAUUCGCAAUAUUCGUGGUUUGCCCUUCCUUGAAGAAUGUGGAAGACGAUUGGCUUACAUGGAUAUGUUUGAUUGGCUCCAGUUUUGCUUUGGAUUUCAAAAAGGAAAUGUUGACAACCAGAGAGAGCAUUUAAUUCUUCUUAUUGCUAACAUCAAUAUCAGGCUAGCUCAUAAGCAAACAUUAGUUCCAAAGUCAGGUGAUCUUGCUGUUGAUGAGCUCAUGAAGAGGUUCUUCAAAAAUUAUUCAGAUUGGUGCAAAUUUUUGGGUAGAAACAGCAGCAUUAGACUGCCAUUCCUGAAACAGGAGGCCCAGCAGUACAAACUUUUAUAUAUUGGACUUUAUCUUCUAAUAUGGGGAGAGGCUGCUAAUUUAAGGUUGAUGCCAGAGUGCCUAUGUUACAUAUUUCACAAUAUGGCCUAUGAAUUGCACAGCAUGUUGAUUGAUGCCGUAAGUAUGACAACUGGAGAAAAAGUUAUGCCAGCUUAUGGAGGAGGAUAUGAGUCCUUUCUUAACAAUGUAGUUUCACCAAUAUACGAAGUUAUAAGUAAGGAAGCCGAGAAAAACAAAAAUGGCACAACUGAUCAUUCAACCUGGAGGAACUAUGAUGAUCUCAAUGAGUUUUUCUGGUCUCCAGAUUGUUUCCAAAUAGGUUGGCCCAUGCGCCCAGACCAUGAUUUCUUUUGUAUAAAAUCUGUACCAGAUCAGAAAGUGAAAAAGGCUCGGAGUCCAGUUGGAAAUGUUGAGGACAAAAAAAAUGAUGCAAAUGAAGAUGAAAAUGAAGAUGAAGAAAUGGGGUUGAAAGAAGAAGAGCCACGGAAACCAAAAUGGUUAGGGAAGACAAACUUUGUGGAGAUCCGUUCAUUUUGGCAGAUUUUUAGAAGCUUUGAUAGGUUAUGGAACUUUCUUAUCCUUUCACUUCAGGCUAUGAUAAUUAUGGCAUCUCAUGAUUUGGAGUCUCCUCUACAAGUGUUUGAUGCUACAAUACUGGAGGACGUUAUGAGUAUCUUCAUUACGUCUGCCAUCCUUAAACUUGUACAUGCUAUUCUGGACAUUGUAUUUACAUGGAAAGCAAGAAGUACAAUGGACUCUGCACACACUACAAAAUGUCUACUGAAGGUGGUUGUUGCUAUGAUAUGGACCACCAUUCUUCCAAUAUUUUAUGCAAAUUCUCGACGAAAAUAUACUUGUUAUUCAACAGACAGUGGAAGCUGGCUUGGAGAGUGGUGUUAUUCCUCCUAUAUGGUUGCAGUUGCAUUUUAUUUGAUGACUAACGCUUUUGACACAAUUCUGUUUCUUGUGCCUGCGGUUGGAAAAUACAUUGAGACCUCCAAUUUCCGUGUAUGCACACUUUUGUCUUGGUGGACACAGCCUAGACUAUUUGUUGGACGAGGAAUGCAAGAAAGCCAACUCUCAAUUCUGAAGUAUACACUCUUUUGGGUCUUGUUAUUGCUCAGCAAACUCACAUUUAGCUAUAUAUUUGAGAUAAAACCACUUAUAUCACCUACAAGACAGAUCAUGACAAUUGGGGUUAAAGGUUACGACUGGCAUGAGCUUUUCCCCAAAGUGCAGAGUAAUUGUGGAGCGAUCGUUGCUAUAUGGGCACCUAUUAUAUUUGUAUAUUUCAUGGAUGCACAAAUCUGGUAUUCUGUUUAUUGUUCUGUUUUUGGUGGAGUGUAUGGAAUUCUGCGCCACCUUGGUGAAAUUAGGACCUUAAGAAUGCUGAGAAGCAAAUUUCACACUUUGCCUUCUGCAUUCAACAAGUAUCUUGUUCCACCACAAGCAAAAGACAGUCCGAAUGGAAUAAAAAGGUUGUUAUUCCACCAGAGAUUUCAAAAGGCUUCAGGAAAUGAGAAGAAUGGUGUUGUGAACUUUGUUCUUGUAUGGAACCAAAUUAUUUAUAGCUUCCGUGAAGAGGACUUGAUAAGCAACAGGGAGGUGGAUUUGAUGAAAAUACCUGUGUCAUCAGAGUUACUCUUAGGCCGGGUUCGUUGGCCUGUAUUCCUCUUAGCAAACCAGCUUUCAACAGCACUUUGUAUAGCCCGAGAUUUUGUGGGAAAAGAUGCACAACUUUUGAGAAAGAUUAAAAAGGACACCUGCAUGUACCUGGUUGUAACUGAGUGUUAUGAGUUACUGAAAGACAUCCUAGAAAUCCUUGUUGUUGGUGACCUGGAGAGAAGGAUUGUUUCUAGUAUAUUCAUUGAAAUUGAGGAGAGUAUUGGAAGAUCAACUUUUAUUGAGGACCUAAAGAUAAGCGAACUACCAAAGUUAUGUGAGAAAUGUAUCGAGUUAGUUGAACUUCUGGUUGAGGGAAAUGAAGACGACCAUAGCAUAGUAGUAUUGGUACUCCAAGAUAUAUUUGAGCUCGUAACCAGUGAUUUGUUGCGAAAUGGUUCAAGAGUACUGGCUUCACUUCACGCUCAACAAGAAAUGGAGGAGCCAACUGAAAUUUUUUCUAGUCCAAUUGAACCACUACUGUUUGCAUCAAAGCACUGUAUCCAUUUUCCGUUGCCAGAUACUGACUCCAUAAUGGAAAAGAUCAAACGAUUUCUUUUGCUGAUCACUAUCAAAGAUAAAGCAUUGGAUGUGCCCAAGAACCUGGAGGCUCGGAGACGGAUUUCAUUUUUUGCCACAUCUCUAUUUAUGGACAUGCCAAGUGCCCCAAAAGUACGCAACAUGCUGUCUUUCAGCAUUCUGACUCCACACUACAUGGAAGAAGUUAAGUUUUCAUCAAAAGAGCUUCGUUCAGGCAAACAAGGAGUGUCCAUUAGUUACUAUAUGAAGAAGAUAUAUCCAGAUGAAUGGGAGAACUUUUCAGAACGUAUAGGAAUGGAAAUAUCAAAUGAAUCCAAUGAUGACCUUUAUGAGGAAGAUCUCAGGAAAUGGGCAUCUUUUCGAGGGCAAACUCUAAGCAAGACAGUGCGAGGAAUGAUGUACUACAGGGAAGCUAUAAAGUUGCAAGCUUUUCUUGACAUGGCUGAGAAUGAUGACAUACUUAGAGGUUAUGACACAAUUGCAAGGGGAAAUGAUAGAUUAGCAGCUCAACUUGAAGCAUUAGCAGACAUGAAAUUUACUCAUGUUGUUUCCUGUCAAAUGUUUGGAUCUCAAAAGUCCUCCGGAGACCCACAGGCACAAGACAUACUUGAUUUGAUGAAAAUGUAUCCUGCUCUCCGUGUUGCAUAUGUUGAAGAGAAAGAAGAAGGAAAAUCUCAAAAAACUUAUUCAUCUAUACUGGUUAAAGCUGUCAAUGGUUUUGACCAGGAGGUGUAUCGCAUUAAACUCCCUGGUUCACCAAAUAUUGGAGAAGGCAAACCAGAGAAUCAAAAUCAUGCCAUAAUUUUUACACGCGGGGAAGCUCUCCAAGCAAUCGACAUGAACCAAGAUAAUUAUAUGGAAGAAGCUAUCAAAAUGAGAAAUAUCUUGCAGGAAUUUCUGAAUAACAGAGGCCAUAGGCCUCCCACGAUCAUUGGCAUGAGAGAACAUAUAUUUACUGGAAGUGUUUCUUCUUUAGCUUGGUUCAUGUCCUAUCAAGAAACCAGCUUUGUUACAAUUGGCCAAAGACUUCUAGCUAACCCACUCAGGGUCAGGUUCCAUUAUGGUCAUCCUGAUUUGUUUGAUAGAAUAUUUCACUUGACAAGGGGAGGCAUAAGCAAAGCAUCAAAGACAAUUAACUUGAGUGAGGAUGUUUUCGCAGGAUUUAACACUACACUACGACGGGGAUCUGUUACAUAUCUUGAGUAUAUGCAAGUUGGCAAAGGUCGUGAUGUAGGACUCAACCAGAUCUCAAAGUUUGAAGCGAAAGUAGCAAAUGGCAACAGUGAGCAAACAAUUAGUCGAGACAUAUACCGCCUUGGACAUCGAUUUGACUUCUUUCGGAUGCUCUCUUGUUAUUUCACAACAAUAGGUUUCUACUUUAACAGCCUGAUAUCAGUGAUAACAAUUUAUGUGUUCCUUUACGGCCAGUUAUACCUAGUCCUAAGCGGUCUUCAAAAAGCACUUCUGAUUGAGGCAAAAGUGCAAAACUUAAAGUCACUUGAAACGGCUUUAGCCUCACAGUCAUUUAUCCAGCUUGGGCUCUUGACAGGCUUACCAAUGGUUAUAGAGAUUGGGCUCGAGAGAGGGUUUCUCAAUGCACUUAAAGAUUUUGUGCUCAUGCAACUGCAACUGGCUGCUGUAUUCUUUACAUUUUCAUAUGGUACCAAAUCUCACUACUUUGGUAGAACAAUCCUCCAUGGGGGUGCCAAGUAUAGGCCAACUGGGCGCAAGGUUGUGGUUUUUCAUGCAAGCUUCACUGAAAACUAUAGAUUAUACUCACGGAGCCACUUUAUAAAAGGAUUUGAGCUUCUGCUUCUGUUGAUUGUUUAUGAUUUAUUUAGACGAGCAUAUGAAAACACCAUGGUUUAUGUACUGAUUACUUAUGCCGUCUGGUUCAUGUCAAUGACUUGGUUGCUUGCACCGUUUCUAUUUAACCCCUCUGGAUUUGACUGGGGCAAGAUAGUAGAUGACUGGAAAGAUUGGAACAAGUGGAUACAGCAGCAAGGUGGUAUAGGAAUCCAACAGGAUAAAAGUUGGCAGUCUUGGUGGUAUGACGAGCAAGCUCAUCUCCGUCACUCAGGGCUGCUUUCUCGGUUGAUUGAGAUACUUCUUUCUCUCAGAUUUUUUCUUUACCAAUAUGGGUUGGUCUAUCACCUUGACAUAUCCGGGAACAAUAAAAAUUUCAUUGUUUAUUUGCUCUCGUGGGUUGUCAUUGUCAUGAUUUUCCUUUUGGUCAAGGCUGUCAGUAUCGGGAGGCACUUUCUCAGCGCAAACUAUCACCUAGCCUUCCGGCUCUUCAAAGCACUGCUUUUCCUGGGAGUUGUGUCUACGAUUAUAACCCUCUCAAUCAUCUGUGAUCUAUCAGUAAGAGAUUUGAUCGUCUGCUGUCUAGCGUUUCUGCCAACCGGAUGGGGCUUGAUAUUGGUUGCACAGGCUGUGAGACCGAUGAUUGAAGGAACCGGGCUAUGGCAUUUCACUCAGGUGUUUGCUCAAGCUUAUGAUUAUGGAAUGGGAGUAGUUAUCUUUGCUCCUCUAGCUUGCCUGGCUUGGAUGCCAAUCAUUUCCGCCUUCCAAACACGGUUUCUUUUCAACGAGGCUUUCAACAGGAGCCUGCAGAUUCACUCUAUUCUGUAUGGGAAGAAGAAACAGAAAUAAUGAGUUCAUCUCAGCACAAAAUUUUUUCAAAGCAACAAUCUUGUAUAGUUGGGGAAAGGAGAAGUAUAUUCUGUUAUGUGCAGUCAAAUUGUUGUAGCUGUAGAUAGAUAUAGAUCAUGAUUCAUAAGAUUUUAUUAUAUUGUAAAUGUAAAUGAACCCACUGAUAGUCACCUUUGGGAGGUUGAUGCAAUACAAUAUACAUAUUUCAUAGGGAAAAAUGCAUUUUUAGAUCUUCAA